AUGACUCUUUCUCCAUGGUUCUUGGCAUUGGGGCUGUAUCUGACUCUCUCCAGCCAAAUUUCAGCAGAGGAGAGUCUGGGGAGGCCGUUCAUUCUGAGCGCUGUGGAGGAUGCUAAGAGGAUGGUUGAUGAAGCCUACAAAUACUCACGUGAAGAGAGCUUGGCCCGUGUGCAGAAGCGCUCGGCCAGCGCUGCAGACGUCCUUCGCCUGCUGAAGCAGCCGGCCCGGGACACGCGCUCAGCGGUGCGAGCUGCAGACUACAUGGAGAACACGCUGAGGCUGAUCCAGGAGAGGGCGCACCACGCCCACAAGCGCUCCCUCAACGCAACAGAUCUGCUGACUGCAGACGAGCUGGGGACGAUCGCCCGUCUGACUGGCUGUGCAGCACGAGUCCAGCCCCCAUCCUGCCGCACCACUCCAUUGGUCAACAAGUACCGCACCGCCACCAGCGUCUGCAACAACCGGAAAAACCCUCGACUUGGAGCCUCAAACACACCCUUCACCCGCUGGCUUCCUGCUCAGUAUGAGGAUGGGGUUUCCCAGCCCAAAGGGUGGGACCGCAGCCGGCUCUACAAUGGCUUCUUACUGCCUCUGGUGAGAGAGGUCUCCAACCGGAUACUGAGCACACCCAAUGAAGGAAUAGAGAGUGAUCGGAACUACACUCACCUGGUGACCCUCUUUGGCCAGUGGAACGACCACGAUCUGACCUUUACCCCCACCUCACCCAGUAUUCGUUCUUUCAGCAAUGGCAUCAACUGCGAUGAGAGCUGUGAACAGGCUGAUCCCUGCUUCCCUAUUCGGAUCCCAGAUGGAGAUCCCCGUUUUGGCUCAAAUUCUGACCAGUGCAUCCCACUGUUCCGCUCUGCCCCAGCAUGUGGGACAGGGAACACUGGCUACGUCUUUGGGGCGAACAAUGUGCGGGAGCAGAUCAACUCGCUGACGGCCUUCCUGGACGUGGGCCAGGUGUACGGGUCAGAGGACGCACAGGCACGAGACCUGCGCAACCUCACCAACGAUGAGGGUUUGCUGCGAAUCAACCAGAGAUUCACCGACAAAGGCCGAGAGCUCCUACCCUUCUCUACCAUGCCGGUUAACAUGUGCGCCACCCGCCAGAGGAUCACCAACACCUCUGGCUUGGAAGAGGUGCCCUGCUUUGUGGCAGGUGAUGGCAGAGUGAAUGAAAACAUCGGCCUCACCUCUUUGCACACACUUUUCUUGCGUGAGCAUAACCGCCUGGCACACGCCCUGCGUCGGCUAAACCCGCAGUGGAGCAGCGAGACGCUUUACCAGGAAGCGCGCAAGAUCAUGGGCGGUUAUCACCAGGUGAUCACAUUCCGGGAUUACCUUCAGCACAUCGUGGGUCCCGAUGCUGUGGCUCGCCAGCUCUCCACCUACCCCGGCUACGAUGAGAACGUGGACCCCAGCAUCUCCAACGUCUUCGCCACGGCUGCCUACCGCUUUGCCCACCUGGCCAUCCAGCCCUUCAUGUUCCGCCUGGACGAGAACUACAACGAGCACCCGCAGUUCCCCAGCGUCAUGCUGCACAGGGCCUUCUUCGCCCCCUGGAGGCUGAUCUUUGAAGGUGGGAUAGACCCCCUGAUUCGGGGGCUGGUGGGCCGUCCUGCCAAGCUCAACACGCAGGAUCACAUGAUGGUGGAGGCCCUGCGGGAUAGGCUCUUCCAGUUCACCAGCCGCUUGGCUCUGGACCUGGGCUCUCUGAACAUGCAGCGUAGCCGCGACCAUGGCAUCCCUGGCUACAACGCAUGGCGGAGAUUCUGCGGCCUGUCUGAGCCACAGACCCUGGACGAACUGGCCGAGGUCAUGAACAAUACUGACCUUGCCCAGCGGCUGCUUCAGCUGUACGGAACCCCCGCCAACAUCGAUGUGUGGCUGGGGGGCGUCUCAGAGCCCUUCGUGCAGGGGGGGCGUGUGGGCCCCCUCUUUGCCUGCCUCAUCGCCACCCAGUUUCAGAGGAUCCGUCAGGGAGACAGGCUGUGGUGGGAGAACGAGGGGGUCUUCACCAGCAGACAGAGGGCUUCCCUGGCCAGCGUCUCCCUGGCCCGCAUCAUCUGUGACAACACCGGCAUCACAGAUGUCCCCAGUGACCCCUUCCUGUUCCACCCCCGUGGGGCCGGCUAUACCCGCUGCCAGGACAUUCCCCCCUUUGACCUCACCCCCUGGUUUGACGCAGGUGACUGUUGCCACACAUCUGCACGAUCUAAGACCCAGCAGUCGGCCUUCGCUGUACGUCUAGGAUAUAACUACCCCAACCCCAACCAGAUUAUUGUCUUCCAGGAGGCCAUCUACAAUGGGCAGAACCACUACAGCACGCAGACAGGGGUGUUCACAUGCGCAGUGCCUGGGGUGUACCAGUUUGAGUUCUUCUGCACUCUGUACCAGAACGUGGGCAACAUUGACCUGCAGCGGAACGGGAAGCUGGUGCUGCACUCUUUCACCACCCAGCAGAACGGCUACAUCACCGCGUCCGGGGGCACCCUGCUGGAGCUCAGGAAGGGGGAUCGCGUUUGGCUACAGGCCAACUACGGGGGCAACGGCAUGACCUCCGACAGCUUCUUCUCUGGAUACUUACUCUUUACGGUGUAG